UCAAGUCAUAUUAUCAGAAUCUAGAUCGAGAUCUGUCUUCAACUCUUGAUAAAAAAAGAAUAUAAUAUACACAAUCCCACAAUUAUUACUAUAUCCAUACAUGAUUCACAUCUACAUACAUGCCUUGUGUAUAAUGUAUUUAAUCCCGCUUAUUAACCAGAUGAGCAGAAAUGGGGUGGCUGCAGAAUUGUGAUUAUUCUGCUGUUAUUCUACUUUCAUUUCUCUCUCUAUUUACAGGCCAUUGUUAUGCUUCAGACUUUUUUUCCAUUGGGAGAACCCUCCUUCAAAGCAAGAAACCUUGCCCAGUAAACUUUGAGGUUCAGAAUUAUACAAUUAUCACGAGCGAAUGCAAAGGACCAGAAUACCCUCCGAAGAUAUGCUGCAAUGCGUUUUUAAGGUUCUCUUGUCCGUACGCUGACGUCAUCAACGACAGGACGUCGGAUUGCGCCGACACCAUGUUCGCUUACAUCAACCUUUACGGCAAGUACCCGCCGGGAAUUUUCGCCAGCGAGUGCAAAGGAGAUAAGAACGGCAUAUCAUGCAAGGACGUGCCGUCGGGCGUUAGCGGCGGCGCUCUUGCCCCGUCUCCGCCGUCUCUGCUGCUUGCACCACCAUUUCUAGUGCUGUUUUUGUGCUUCGUCUAGAUGCCUGAAUUUUUUUUU